UGGUUCCUCCUCUUCCCCCCCCCCCGCCUUCUCUCGGUCCUAGUCUUUUGCUUCUGCCGGGGGCCUGGACGUGAAACGAGGGGCCGCGGAGCUCUCGCGUUUCUUUACAAAAAAACACUCCACCCCUUCUUCCCGGUUGUCGGAGCCUACCGGUAGUCCCUUCCCUCCUCCGCGCGGUGUCCUGGGUCCGUCUGCGAGCGGCCCUCCUUCGCCGCGAUGGAAGACGACGGGCAGCCCAAGACACUGUUUCUAUACUAUGCCUGUCAAUGCAGCAUAAGUGAUGUCUCAUGAAUUAGGGAGACAGCCUAUAGAGCUAUGUAGGAAAUCUUUCCAGAGAUGUGACUGAAGUACUUAUACUUCAGUUAUUCAGCCAAAUUGGACCCUGCAAAAGCUGUAAAAUGAUAACAGAGCAACCCGAUAGCAGAAGGGUCAACUCUUCUGUUGGAUUUUCUGUUUUGCAGCAUACAAGCAAUGACCCUUAUUGCUUUGUGGAAUUUUAUGAACACAGGGAUGCAGCUGCUGCAUUAGCUGCUAUGAAUGGGAGAAAAAUUUUGGGAAAGGAAGUAAAGGUUAACUGGGCAACAACACCAAGUAGCCAGAAAAAAGAUACAUCAAAUCACUUCCAUGUGUUUGUGGGAGAUUUAAGUCCAGAAAUAACAACAGAAGACAUCAAGUCAGCAUUUGCUCCUUUUGGUAAAAUAUCGGAUGCACGGGUAGUUAAAGAUAUGGCAACAGGAAAAUCUAAAGGAUAUGGCUUUGUAUCGUUUUAUAAUAAAUUGGAUGCAGAAAAUGCAAUUGUGCAUAUGGGUGGCCAGUGGUUAGGUGGUCGACAAAUCAGAACUAACUGGGCAACACGGAAACCGCCUGCCCCUAAAAGUACACAAGAAAAUAACACAAAACAACUGAGAUUUGAAGAUGUAGUGAAUCAGUCAAGCCCUAAAAACUGUACAGUCUACUGCGGAGGAAUUGCCUCUGGAUUAACAGAUCAGUUGAUGAGACAGACAUUUUCACCUUUUGGGCAGAUUAUGGAAACAAGAGCUUUUCCAGGAAAAGGCUAUUCAUUUGUGAGGUUUUCAACUCAUGAAAGUGCAGCACAUGCCAUUGUUUCAGUAAAUGGAACUACAAUUGAAGGCCAUGUUGUUAAAUGCUAUUGGGGUAAAGAAUCACCAGAUAUAAGUAAAAACUUCCCACAGGUGGAUUACAGUCAGUGGGGGCAUUGGAGUCAAGUGUAUGGGAAUCCACAGCAGUAUGGACAGUACGUCACCAAUGGGUGGCAAGUGCCAUCUUAUGGAGUGUAUGGACAAGCAUGGAAUCAACAGGGAUUUGGUGUGGAUCAAACACCAUCUGCAGCCUGGAUGAGUGGAUUUGGUGCCCAGCCUGCCCAGGGACAAGCAGCUCCUGUAAUACCCAAUCAGGCUGGAUAUGUGUUUUACAUCACAGAUUUUAAGAAAAAUGACAUUAAAGAUGCUUUUAGUUGAACAGUAAAUCCUGACGUUUUGGCUGUGGACCAAACAUUACAUCAAAGAAGACAGUGUUUUCUUCAUUAACCACAAAGCCAUCAUUCAGAAGACAUACUCAUGGAAAUAGCUUUUUUUCCACAAAUUAUUUUUUCCCAUAUGUUUGAAGAAACCGAAGUCUGGUAUAAAUAUUUCAGUCUUUGCUGGAAAACAGUGCUAUCUGCAAUACUUGAGCAAACACUUGUUAACCACAUUCAGGAGCAUAUUAAAUCUUUUCAGAUCUUGUUUGCUUGAAGUGAAAACAUUUGCAUUUGAUUUUGGGGGAGCAGUGUUUUUCCAAAGUAUGGUGCUUAAGCAGUCAUACUUGUACUUUUACAUAAAAGUUUGUACCUAACUGCAAUGUUGCAAAAGCAUGCUCAGAAAUAGAAGUAGCAAUGUAAUUAUUCAAAAUAAUACUUAAUAUGCUCUGCUGCUAUAUUUGCAGUAGAUUGACAAGAAUGUGAAAGACUGACACUUCCAAAGUUGGCUACUAUGUAAAGUGACAUAACUAUACAAAGAGCCUUAAUUCUUCAAUACCUUUUGUCACUAGAAACCGGAAUUAUUUUCCUUUCUGUUACUCAGUAUGUAAAUAUUUUGGUUGAUAACCUUGUAUACCUACUUGAUGGUUCCUAUAAGUUGUAUAGUAACUGAGUGUUAAAAAAAAAUUAUUGGGGAUGUUUUUUAAAUCUAGAAAUAUUUAGCCCAAGAAUUUUUUUAACCAGAUUGUUAAAAUACCUUAUUUUAGAAAUUCCUCAAUGUGCCAUUUGGUUAACAGAAAUGCAGUUGAAACAAGUAUACUGAGCUGUGGCUUAUUCUUAGUUAAAAUGUUUGUGGGUGGGGUUUUUUUGUAUUUUGGGGUGGCUUGCAUGUGACAAACCUGUACAGAGGCUGGGUUGUUUGUGCACCGAGUAUUACUGGGAUAAAUCAUGAAGUUGUUCAAAUGGUAUACUUGGGUUAUUUCUCACUUAUUUUGUGGAUACACUGACACAACUGCCUCAAUAAAUUUUGAGUUGAAAACGAAUGUAAGUUAGAUACAAUAACUGUGUGUGUUACCUACUACAGCUAGGGGGUGCAGAUGUUUCAUCUCUAAGUGUGCUGAAUGCACUGAAGCCCUCCACUUGGAUAAAUAGUCCGCUGCAAUGAAUAAACAAAAUAGAUUUGCCUUUCAGUGGACACCAAUUCUAGAAAAAUACUAAUCCUGAAUAAGAAGUGGAUGUGACAAAAGUCCCACGUUACAGAUUUAGAACAAUUUGAAAAUGCUUCAUGUGUUCUCUGAGACUGUUAAGUGUUUUUUUUCUUCUUCUGGGCAAACCAAUCGUCUUGCUACUUGGAUAACAGUGAAGAGGAUACUUUUUGCAGCUCAAGCAGUGGCUCUUCUAAAUUGUCAGCAUUAGCAGCAGGGAAAUCUCUAAACCCUGUACUUUAUCUGACAUAUUCUUCAGGUGUUCUGAAUUUCUGAAUUGUGUUAAACCUGGGAAGAUAGGGCACAACCUCUGUUGUUACAGGCUACAAAGUCUAAGAAGAUAGAAUUACUUUAAAAAAAAAUCCUACUCCUGCUAAAUAACAUUUUGUUCAUUAUUGAAUCCAUGCUGUACGUGGACCGGCAAUUGCUCCCCAAAGGAAUUUUAUCCUCUGGUUCUGUUUUACAACAUGAAUGUAACAGUAAUCAGAAAAGUAAUGAAAUAUAAUGUCUUUCAGGAGUGAUGCAUGUUACAUAAAUGUGUUUCCCAAGUCUG